UCUUUUCUCUCUUUUCUCUCUUUUCUCUCUUUUCGUUUUUUCCCCAUCUAUCCAUUCUUUUUUAACAGUCUCUUACAAAGACUCUCCUCUCCCUUCCUUAUGUUUAAUAGAAAAACCUUAGUGAUAUGCUUAGCAUUGAUUGCCUUAUGUCAGUUUGUCAAGGCUCAGCUUGGUCCCGAGAUUAUAUCCCCCGUACAAAAUGCAACUGUUGAACCAGGACAAAAAAUUGAUAUUGUGUACCAGUAUCAGAAUAUGGGUGCCGGUAACUACACCAUCGAUGUUCAAUUGUGGCAAGAUGCUGCUGUUUCCAUCCCAAUCAACGAUGUAGUGAUUGAUCAGCCUAUUGCCUCAGGAAACUCUAGCGGUGUGAAAGUCAGCUUUUUGUUAAACAGCACCUAUUCAUGGAAAGUACCUCAUGGUCUCAAUGAAACCUUUUGGUUGACUGUGACUGAAGGUGCUCAAACCCCAUUUUAUAGUAAGGGUGUCAAUCUUCGCUCUCGUCCUGUCAUGCUUCAUACAAGCGCGGCUGCAACCUUAAUGACAAAACCCGCAAGUAUUGCCGUAGUAUUUAUUGUAUCGCUUAUUACUCUGGUUCUGUUAUAAAUGAUUCUCUAGAAAAUCGCUUUGCUUAUUAUUUUAUAUACAUUAAUUUACAUAAAACAAAUUUUAAUUAAUAUCAGCCAGAAGAACGUUCAAAGAAUAUUAUCAAUAUUUUAAGUU